UAGACAAAUUAACUGUUUACUACGGAUUGGCCAUUCGACGCAAUUCCGAUUCAGUUCAGAAGAUGAAAAAUGAUAUAUGGGCGACAUACUACCACUACAGUUCAAACGACAAAAACCCACAGCACGAGAAAUGCCCGAGCGGCGAAGAUUCCUGGUGCGAGUGGCAAAAAGCUGCAGCUGCAGAUGCUCUAAAAUCAUUCAAACACAGCUACGCAGCUCUUCCUUCUAAAGUUCUGGAAGCCAUGAAGCCCAUUUAUGAGGACUUGAGCAAGGACGCACUGUUGCAGCGAUGUCUUGGAGGUUUUACACAAAACAAUAACAAAAGCCUCAAUCAGCUAAUAUGGAAAAUCUCUCCAAAGGCAUACAGUGGAACCUCUACAACCGUACAAAUUGCAGCUAAUGUAGCUGCUUGUACUUUUAAUGAAGGUUCUAUUGCCCUGUUGGCCUUCAUGAAAGAGAUGCACAUCGGUACAGGCCCUAGUUCUCACGAAUGGGCGCGACAAGUUGACGAUUUGCGAAUUACUAGAGGAGACGAGAAAGCGGUCUACAACAGUAAAGAAGGGAGAGUUUCGCGGAGACAAACACAAAAAGAUGCUCUGGAUCUUCUGGAUGAAAACGCCUUGCUGUAUGGACCUGGUAUCGAUGAUUCUGUGUGAGUAUAAAAGAACUAUCGACUUUUAUUUCGAAAUUUUUAGUGUGCAAAAGUUUAA